UCUAGUGAGGGGCGGCCCGGCCCCGCCCCGCCCCGCCGCUCCGCUGCCCGCCGCGGCCGCGCUCCGGUGCCCGGGCCCUGCUGGGCCGCUCCCCACCGGCCGGGCCGGCCGCGCCUGCUCCGUGCGCAGCGGCCAUGGCGGGGCUGGAGCUGCUGUACGCCUGGGCGCGGGCCGCAGUCUCCCGCCCGCAGGACGCGCUCAUCUGCGGCGUGCACUGGGAGCUGGUCCGGCACGGCUACCGCUGCCUCGGCGCGGGCGACCAGCCAGGUCCUGAUGAAAGGAAGUCAGAGCUGCUGCCUGCCGGCUGGGAAGCCAACAAGGAGGUAUACACACUGCGCUACAAGUCCGUGGAUGAUGCCCGUGAGCUGCUGCUGAAGGCCAUCAUGGUGGAAGACAGUAUGAUCCUCAACAUCAUGGAUUGCAGUUCUCAGAAGGUAGCAGAUGUGACCUUGGCAGUGGCGGACUAUGUCAAUCCAGAGCACCUGGAUGAUUUCCACAGGGUGUACAAGAACACUGAGGAGCUGAGAACAAGGAUUGCUUCAGGCAUCAUUGCUCCCCUUGGGGCCCCCACAGAAAAGGCCAAAAAGGAACCUGAGGCUAAGAAGAAGGAUCCUGAGUUGCACCAGGAUGACGACCCCCUCAGAGUCCCUCACCACCACCCAGCAGGGACAAGAGCACCGUCCUGGCCUUCCCCCUUGAGCCCCUUUGCUGUUGGUGGGGAAGACCUGGACCCUUUUGGAGGUCGGACUGGGGGAAUGAUCGUGGAUCCUCUCCGGUCUGGCUUCCCACAGCCUGGCAUUGACCCAUCGUCAGGCAUCCCUGGCCGGCUUCCCCCGGGAGCAGUUCCACCAGGUGCCAGAUUCGACCCCUUUGGCCCGUUAGGGGCUGGUAGAUCCGGGCCAGAUCCUGACCACCUUCCCCCUCCAGGCUAUGACGACAUGUUCAUGUGAGGAGUUACCGCAUGGCUUCUCAUGGCUGGGGCCAGAGCAGUCUCCUGGGAAGCAGGGGCACUUUCCCCUCUUUGCUCUCCAUUCGGUGGACUUGGAUCUUUUCAGCAGCAUUUUUCUUCUCCCCAUUUGGGACCAUGUUCAUGUCAGACCAGCUAUAAAGGUUGCCCUGUGUGCAGAACAGAAGAGGAGGCAGCAGGUCCAUUUCUUUCCAUGUUCCUCUGAGGGUGCCUGACCGUUUGCACCCAACUGAAGUGGUGCUGCCCUGCGUGAGGUGGCGGCGUGGAGUGUGGCGUGGUGCUCUGAGAACAGCCUGGGUGCUGUGGGGUUUCCUCCUCUGGUUCUCCGGGGUGGCACCGCUUUUGCUGCUGGGGUUACGCAAGUGGUCGGUGCUGAGGAGGGAGCUGGCAUCUUGCUGCUCCUGUGCUGGGAAGCUACAGUUGCCUCACUGAAGGUGACAGCUGGAGUGGGCUCCCCAUGCAGAGAUGGUUUCUGUCUUGCUCUUUAUCCAAGCAAGGGGCUGAUCAACAUGAAGGGCUAGAAAGCCUGACCCAUGGAGUCUCUAUGGGCUGACCCCCAGCAGCGGCCUCAGAUCAGCUUCCGCAUGGCUGUGCCCGCUGGCUUUAAAGAGCACCACCAGCAAAGCCUUUAAUGUACAUGAGAAAAGACAUAGAUUGAAUUCCUAGCCCCACCUUGCCCCAUCUCUCCCCUGAAGCCCUGGUGGUUUUCAUUCCCAGGGUGCACACGACGCCCCGCAGGGCUGCCUGUGAGGCUGGAGUCGGAGGGAGGGUGCUGGGUGCCUGCAUGACCUGCUGAGCCCAGCACGGAGCUUGGGCCUUGCUGGGGAUGCGCACAGAGGCCUCGCUCACCUGUGGGAUUUGCUUUGCAGAAGAGGUUUACAGAACAUGUUUCCGUGUCAUCAGUCCUGUUGCGUGAGGCUGGUGUGGCGCUGGCUGUCCUCUGCCAGACAGCUCGGGGAGAGUGGAGAUCCGUGUGGCUCAGGCUCCUGAGCUCUUUCUGGAAAUCUCCUCCCUUCCCCAGUUAAUUUGAGGACUGCAGCUCAUCUCUCCUGUCAGGGGUUCAUGCUAUGUUUUUAUUCUCGUGGUUUGAUUUCUUGGAAGGAUGUUCAUGAGAUUGAAAUAAAAACCUGACAACA